GAGUGGUGUGUGCCCAUCAGGUCAACCUAUAGGGCCUGGGGUGUCUGGAUUGUGUCUCUGGCUAUCAGGUCAACCCUGUAAAGAUGUGGGGACUCCUGUUGUGAGGUCAAGCGGGAGCAUUGGAUGGUCAUGUGUGUGCCCAAGAGGUCAGCCCUAAGGGUGAUGGUCCUCAGGAGGGGUAUCCACCUAUCACGUCAACCCUGGGGACUGCUUGCCUUGCCUGGGCCACCUGGGGAUKCGCGGAUCCUCUUCAUCCCCCAAACAUCUGCCCAUGACUGAGAGCCGUGCCGGGCUCUGUAUCUCAUUGACCUCACAGCCUCUCCCUGCAGACUCGUCCCGGGCCCCACUGGUGCCCGGAGAUGCCGGCAUGCCAGUGCCUGCCUGCCUGCAGCGCCCCACUCUGAGUCCCUUGCUGGACAGGAGCUGUGCCAUGGAGGGAGUGGGCGAGGAGCUGCCUGGGAAUGGCACCGAGCUGUGGGGCAGUGGGCUGCACAAUAGCAACAACAAUGCAUCACCGGUGGGCUGGCCGGGACCCCGUGGGGCACGUCCCUUCUCGCCCUUUGCGGCCCGAACCGCCAGCCCCGAGCCCAGCUACGUGGAGCGCGUGGUGCUGGAGAUCGUGGAGUCGGAGCGCACGUACACACGGGAUCUGCGCAGCAUCGUGGAGGGCUACCUGGGCAAGAUCAUUGACGCGGAGGAGCCGUUGCUGCGGCCGGAGCAGGUCAGCGCGCUCUUCGGGAACAUUGAGGACAUCUACGAGCUGAGCAGCAACCUGCUGCAAAGCCUGGAUAGCUGCGACCACGACCCCGUCGCUGUGGCCGUCUGCUUCGUGACGCGGAGCCAGGAGUUUGAUAUUUACACCCAGUACUGCAACAACUACCCCAAUUCGGUGGCGGCUCUGACCGAGUGCAUGAGGAACAAGCAGCAGGCCARGUUCUUCCGAGAGUGCCAGGAGCAGAUGCGGCACGCAUUGCCCCUCGGCGCCUACCUGCUCAAGCCCGUCCAGAGGAUCCUCAAAUACCACCUGCUGCUCCAGGAGAUCGCUAAGCACUUCGAACACAAGUCAGGGGACGACUACGAGGUGGUGGUGGAGGCCAUCGACACCAUGACCUGUGUAGCCUGGUACAUCAACGACAUGAAGCGCAAGCACGAACACGCCAUCCGCCAGCAGGAGAUCCAGUCGCUGCUACUGAACUGGAAAGGGCCAGACCUGACUACCUACGGGGAGCUGGUGAUGGAGGGCACCUUCCGGGUGCACCGGGUUCGCAAUGAGCGGGCCUUCUUCCUCUUUGACAAGGCUCUGCUCAUCACCAAGCGGCGCGGGGAUCACUACAUCUACAAGAACCACAUCCCGUGCUCCUCUCUGAUGCUGAUCGAGAGCACGAGGGACUCGCUGUGCUUCAGUGUGGCUCACUACAAGCACAUCAAGCAGCAGUACAGCCUGCAGGCCAAGAGCGCAGAAGAGAAGCGCAUGUGGACCCACCACAUCAAGCGGCUCAUCCUGGAGAACCACCACGCCAUCAUUCCCCAAAAGGCCAAGGAGGCCAUCCUGGACAUGGACUUGUUCCACCCACCACGCCUGCCCCGCUGCAGCCCCGAGCGGCUGAAGAAGAGCUGGUCGUGCCAGCCACUGGAGGAGCCGUGCGCGGCGCCGCACCAGCGCCGCCGGCAGUCGGAGCCCUUUGAGCACCGGGACCGCGCGGAGACUCUGCCAGAUGGACUGCAGGGGCACGAUGGGCGCAGGCAGUCGGAGCCGGCCAAGCAGAUCCUACAGCAGCUGGGGGAGCCAGGUCUCCAGGUGCUCGAAGGGCUCAAAGCCUUCAAGAGGCCGAGCAGCUGCGGCCCAGGGAGCUGCGAGAAGCGCCGUGGUGUGGAUGCUGCCAGCGGUGGCCAGGAGGCCAGCGGUGACGAGGAGCACGGCGAGGUGCUGGGGGUGCCUGUAGUGGUGGCUCAGCGCCCUGAAGAGCCCUCUUCAUCGGAUGUGGAGUCCGUGGGCAGCCCGGAGGCGACGCUCCCAGGCUGGCACGAGCAGGGCCAGGUGGAUCUGGAGCCGUGCUCGGAUGGGGCUGUGUCGGAGACAGCAGAGGACCUGCGGACCCUGAGCAGCGAGGAGGAGGAGGAAGAGGAGGAGGAGCGGGCCCUGCGCGCUGCCACCAGCAUCCUCCCGCCCUCCGUGCUGGACCAGGCCAGCGUGAUCGCRGAGCGCUUCAGCAGCAGCUUCUCCCGCCGCAGCAGCAUGGUGGCCGAGGAGGGCCGGGCCUCACUGGGUGCCACGACUCCACGUCAGCCCAGCCACAGCCGCAGCAGCAGCCGCAGCAGCAGCGUGCUCAGCCUCGAGGGCAGUGCCACGGAGGCGCAGAGCAGCACCGUGCUCCCCGGUGGCAACGAGGGAGACCCUGGGGCUCUGGCCAGCGCUGCCACCUCGCCUGACCUGCCAGCCUGUGCCCGGAAGGGGUCACUGCUCUCCACGCAGGACCGCUUGCUGCUCGACAAGAUCAAGAACUACUACGACCACGCCGAGCACCAGGAUGCCAGCUUCAGCAUCAAGCGCCGCGAGAGCCUCUCCUACAUCCCCAAGGGCCUGGUACGGAACUCCGUGUUCCGCCUCAACAGCUUGCCCCGGGCGCCACCCGAGCGCGAUGGGGGCACCCGCACCGCCGUCUGGGUGCUGUCCACCAGCCCCACGACCGCGCCCUUAGCUCAGCCGGAGGUGGUCGAGCUGCUGCCGGGGGAGGAUUUCUGCCCGACCUCCGCAGAGUGGCAGGAGGCAGAGAGGCCACUAAAGGAGAACGGGCUGGAGCCGCAUGAGCCGCUGCUCAUCCUCGAGGAGGACGACGUGGGUGCUGCCACCGAGAGCCCUUGGCCCGCGAGCUGCCCGCAGGAGCUGGGUGCCGUGGAGCCGCCAGCCCCACACCCGCGCCUGCUGCAGCUGGGCGCCGCCGGCGAGGCGGCCGAGCGGCCUGGCACCAAGGUGUACCAGCUGGCACGCCAGUACAGCCUGCGCAUCAAGAGCCGCCGCGCCGGGGGCCCGCGGGGCCUGGCCCAGCUGCAGGAGGACAUGCGGGUGAGGGCGGCCGCAGCCCAGGAGCAGCCGCAGCCCCCAGCCGCGGGCACAGGUGGGAUGCGGAGGGGGUGCGGCAAAGCCAAGCGCGUUGGGUACAUGGGCUGGUGGCCACGGGACAUCCCCUCCCCUCGGUCACCGCCCUCACCUGGCUGCGCUGCUCUCCUAGGCCCACCGAAACGCAGCCUGGCACUGCCCAGCUACGAGCAGGUGGUGAUCCAGGAGCAGCGGCCACUGGCGUCGCUCUCGGCAGCCGCCUCGCCGUGGGACAGGUCACCGCGGGGUGUCCCAGGCAGUCCGCCUGGUGGCAGCCCCCACCUGCCCUCGCCAGGCAGCCUGGCCACCUGCAGCCUGCCCAGCCCCAGCGCUUCCGAGCCCUUUGCCUGGCCUGAUGUGCGCGAGCUGCGCUCCAAGUACGCGGCCUGCGAGAGCGCUGGCCCGCGGCGCCCGCCACCCGUCAACCGCAGCCGCUCGGCACCUGAGCAGGUGGCGGCGGCGGUGGGACGGAGCGGGCGAGCGACGGCCAAAGCGGUGCCUGCCAAUGGCCGCAGCCGGAGCGCCGAGGCAGGUGCUGACGGUGGUGCCGCCAAGCACCAGCGCAACCACAGCGAUGGAGGGCUCAGCGUCACGGCGCAGUCCGCCCUGGGCCCUGGCCAGCGCGUCAUCGUGCUGGAACGGGUGGCCGCGGGUGCCGAGGCGGUGCCCGAUGCCGAGAGCUACGUGCAGAUCCGCUCGCCCACUACGCGGGAGAAGAUCUGCCUCAAGGCGGUGGUGGAGCGCUGCAAGGCCUACCAGGCCUCCGAGGAGUACCGACGGCGCCAGGCCGAGCCUCCGCGGCCCUGGGAGCCCCCAGACGCUGCCCGGCCCGGCCUCGUCAGGAACCUGCGGGAGAAGUUUCAGACGCUCCACGGGGCCAGCUAGGCGCACGGGCACCAGGGGGACAGCAGCCGGCGUGAGCUGUUGGGCGGCUCCACGGU